CUGCCACAUCAAGAAAAUCCUUUCUCUCUCCUCCAACAACACUCCGGCGCCGUCUCUCUCUCUCUCUUUCUCCGAUGGCGAUCAAGCGCCUCCGAACCAAGUGGACUCCGAUUCAGCGCGAAACGCUCGAGAAGGCCUAUUCAGUGGAGAAAACUCCGUCGGAGGCGACGAAGGAGGAGCUGUCGAAGCAGUUGGAGCUCGGGUAUGAGCAAGUCACGGUUUGGUUCAUGAACCGGAGAGCCAAGGAUCGGCGGCAGGGGCUUGUCGCCAAGAAGUCCAGAAUGACACGUCAUCAGCUCGCCACACUCGAGAAGACCUACGCCUCGGAGAAGAAUCCGUCGGUGUCGAAGAGGGAGGAGAUAGGGAAGAAGGUGGGGAUGAGUGAGAUUCAGGUGAGGCUGUGGUACAACAAGAAGAGGUUCGAGGAUCAGGGGAAGGAGAGGAAGAAGCGGGGUCCCGGGGCCAAGAAGGCGCCGAAAUCGGCACUGUCUUCGUCCUGUGAUCACCUGGCUUUCGUGUCCGCUGACCUCACUGGCAUUCCCAAUCCUGACACUCCCUGCAAAAGAUGUCAGAAUCCCAAUGAGAACUGGUGUUGUUUGUGCUGCAAGGACGUGUUCUGUAGUGUUGAUUUGACGAAUGGGCACUUGUUUCAGCAUUUCAAGCAGACAGAUCACUGUCUUGCUGUUAGCUGCAGUGAUAAAUCAAUUUGGUGCUACUCCUGCAAUUCAUUCUUAGAUGCCCAGGCAAUUCCACAAUUAAGUGUUUUUUCUUCAUCCUCCAAUGCUUCUGGGGGAGCCAUCCUCCUCAUCCAGGCUAGAGACCCCCGAUGCCUCUAAGGAUUCAUCCUCCUCAUCCAGGCUAGAGAACCUUGAUGCUCUGAUGGUUGAUGUUACUGAUCUCAUAUCCAAGCCAUCUCCAUGCCCCAAUUUUCAUCCAUUGGAGGAUAACUUAUUUGUCGACCAGGAUAAGCUUGCAGUAGCCAAGAAGGGACUCCAGAAGAUCUUUGAUUGUGGUUUAGAAGCUUUAGCUGAUCCCCACGUACAAGAAGAGUUUCUUGCUUAUU